AUGACUGAAGAAAUUGGUCAAUUAAUAUUUCAAGCAAUAAUUUUCAGAAAUUUAGAUCUUUUGACUGAAUUAAUAGAAGCUAAUGAUGUUAAUAAUAAGUUGUUUUUAGAUAAUGAAGGUAAAACACCACUUCAUGUUGCUUCUGAAUGUGGGUAUACUGAAUCAAUUGAAUUGUUAACUGAUACUUUUCCUUCUUCCAUUAAUUAUCCUGCCAAUAGUCAUUGUUUAUUAAAAACUCCAGUUCAUUUGGCAGCAGAGAAAGGUUUUACAGAAAUUGUUGAAAUUUUAAUUAAAAAAGGAGCUGAUUUAUUUUUGUUUGACAAAGAUGGGCAUACUGCAUUACAUUUGGCACAAAUUAAUUCAAAAGCUGAAACUUCAAAUAUAAUUAUCAGUCAUUUUCAAUCAGUUCAAGAAUUAACGAAAAAAUUGAGAAAUAUUUUUUUAAAAGGCGCUGAAGAUGGUAUGAUAGAAAAUAUGGAAGAAGUUUUUUUACAAGUUACUCCAAAUAUUGAAAGUAAAGUUUUAAAUGGAGAAUUAAAUAGUGAUGAUAGUGUAUUUUUUAAUACAAUUAAAAAUGGUCAUUUAACAUUUGGAAGCGAAUUACUAAAAUUCAGAGAGCAUUCAUUGCAAGAAAGUGAAACAGGUGACACUGUUCUUCAUGUAGCUAUAAGAACAGGAAAAUACCAAAUUAUAGAAUUAGUAUUAGAAAAUUUUAGUUUUUUAAUGGGAUGUAAGAAUAGGAAAGGGAAAUUACCAUUACAUGAAGCAUGUGAAAUGAAUGAUGUCACAAUCUUAAAAACACUACUAAAUUUUCCUUAUUCUUCUGAUUUUCUUAAUGAAGUAGAUUUUCCUGGAAGUGAUUGUACUUAUAAAUUUGUUUGUGAUCUCAAUGAAAUCGAUGGAGAAUUAUCAACACCUCUUUUGAUUGCUGUAAAAAAUAAUAAUGUUCUUGGUGUUCAUUUUUUUCUUGAAUUUAAAGUUAACGGGAAAACUGAAGAUGGUAAAGAUAUUGAAAUAUGUCCUUUUGUGCUAGAUUCAUAUGAUUGUAAAGGAAAAACUUCUUUAAUGAUAGCAUGUGCAAAUAAUAAUGAACCAAUACUUCGUUUAUUAUUACAAUCAGGUGCAAAUCCUAAUUUGCCUAUUGGAGUAACAGAUGAUGAUAUUCAAAAUAUGUCUUCAUCAACAGAAGAAGUUCUUUGUUGUGGUAGUGGUGCAUUAAUAGAAGCUUGUAAAAUAAAAAAUAUUACUUUUAUUAAGAUUCUAUUACAUUAUGGUGCUUAUGAUCAUGAAAAUAAAGCAUUACGUUUAGCUAGUACAUUAAAUUAUGAUGAAAUUAUUAGUUUAUUUUUAUCAAAAUUAGUUAGAAUAGAUAAUGAUACAUCAAUUAACAAAAGAUCUUUACAUCAAACAUCAAAUAUUCCAGUACCAUGUAUAUUAAAUUGGAGACAAGCUAAUUUAUUAACUUUUCCUGCUGAUUUUAUUUUUUCUGCUGUUCAUAGAAUAUCACCAAAAAUAAAAUCUAUUAGAGGUGCUUUUGCAUCAUUAACAAAAGUUGAUUUAUCAGAAAAUUUACUUGAAACAAUACCUUUAACAUUAUUUUCAUUGCCUUCAAUGAAAUGUUUAAAUCUUUCAAAUAACAAAAUAUCAUCAUUUGAAUCAUUAGAUAAUUUUCAGUGUAAUGUACCUGUUCUAGAAAAUAUUUCAUUAGAAAAUAAUAAAUUAACCUCACUACCACCACAAUUAUUUUCAAUAACAUAUUUUCCCUCUAUAAAAAUUUUAAAUGUUAGUAAAAAUCAAUUAAAAUAUCUACCUUCAAAUAUUUGGUCCUCAUCAAGUCUCAAAGAAUUAAAUGUUUCACAUAAUGAUUUACAUGAAUUACCAUCUAUAGUUAUUUCAUUUGAUAGAAUUGGAAGAAGUGAAAAUACUUCACAAAAAAGAUAUGAAAGACAAAAAGAUAUUGGAAAAAAUAUUGAAGAUUUAUUGAUUCCAAAAAAUAAAAAUUUAAAAGAUAAUGAAGUUUUACCUUCAGAAGAAAUAUUACCAGAAAAUGUAAUUGAAAUUUCAUUAGAAAGGGUUAAUCGUUGGCAAAAUAGUUUAUCUCUUCUUAAAUUUGAUCUUGAGGAAGAAGAAGUUGUUGGUGAUAAGAGUGAAUUUAAUUCAUUAUUUUCUUUAAAUCUUUCAUAUAACAAAUUUAAAGAAAUGCCUCUAAAUUUAGCAUGUGUCUGCCCAAGACUCGUUAAAUUAGAUAUAUCUAAUAAUGAGCUUCAAAGUAUUGGCCCAAUAGAAUGUCUUCCACAUCGUCUUCGAUCAUUAGAUAUUUCUUGUAAUAAAUUAACAAAAACUUUUGAUGCAAUGACUAAACAUCAUCUUAAUUGUUACUCAUCUCCAGUAAAUAAUUCUAAUAAUAAUAGCAGAAGAAGUAGAUCAAAAAGUGUUGCUAGAAAUAGGCGUUCCUUAUCAACAGCUAGAAAUCCAAUAUCUCAAGAUAUAACAGUUAAUAAGACAUCUUCAUGUGAAGUUUGUAUACAUAAAGAACAUAAACAACUUGAAUACUUAAAAAAUCUUAACAUUUCUUCAAAUAAAAUACGAAAUAUUCCUAUAUUUUUACCAUCAUUAUGUAUUACAUCACCUCCAGAAGAUGUUUCAACUAUCAAAAAUUUAUUAAUUUUUCCAAAUAUUUCAACUAUAGAUUUAUCAAAUAAUUUAAUUGAUCAUAUACCAUCAUCAAUAUCAAAUUUAAAUGUGUUAACAUCUAUUAAUUUACAAAAUAAUAUAGCAUUACAAGUAUUACCAUCAGAAUUGGGAUUAUUAGAUAAAUUAUGGUCUCUUCAAUUAAAGGGUUGUCCUAUUAAAGAUUAUCAAAUAAAAAGUAUUAUUGAAGCACCAAAUUAUAAAACUGUAGAUGUUUUAGCACAGUUAAGAUCAAGAUUAGAAGAUUCUAGAUUAUAUUAUCAUUUAAAAUUAAUGAUUUUGGGUGAACAAAAUUCUGGUAAAAGUAGUCUAUUACAAAAUAUUAUACAAGAAGGAACAUUAAUUAAUAAAAAAAUCAAUCAAACUUCAUCUUCACAACCUUCAAGUAUUAUGAAUAUGUAUGAAUUUACUUUAGAUCCAUUUAAAAAAUCUAAAAAUGAACAAUCUAAUGGUCCAAUUAUAUUUAAAGCUUGGGAUAUGUCUGGACAAAAAGAAUUGAUAAAUAUUCAACAAUAUUUUAUAACAAGACGUUCUAUUUUUAUUGUAACAUGGAAUGUUAAUUCAGGAGAGCAUGCAUUUAAUGUAUUGGAAGAUUUUUUAAUAAAAAUUCAGAUACGUUCACCAAAUGCUCCAGUUAUAAUAGUUGGUACACAUGUUGAUGAAAUGAUGGCUAAUUCAAAUAAAUUUCCUGAUGAUUAUUUACAAUAUCUUGAAAAAAAAAUUAAAGAAAAAUUUAUUAAUAUAACUGAUAGUGAUAAAAAAGGAUUACCAAAAGUUUAUAGUACACUAUUUAUUUCAAAUAAGACAAAAGAUAAUAUAAAGCAAUUAAUAUCAUCUAUUUAUAAAGGAUCAUUUGAAGUUAGAAUUGGUGGUAGUAGAAUUAAGACUCUUGAACAAAAAAUUCCUUCUACAUAUAUGACUGUUGAAAAAAUAGUUUUAAAAUUAAAGAAUCUCUUUGUUGUUGGUAAUAGAGAACCAAUAAUACAAUUUAAUGAUUUAAAAUUUUUUAUUAAUGAAAAAAUGAUUGAAAAAAAUGGUAAAAGUUUUAGAAAUGAUACUGAAUUCAACAAUGUUAUUUCUUUUCUCCAUGAUAAUGGAAUUUUUUUACAUUUUGAUGAUUUAGUACUUCAUAAUUUUAUUAUUCUUGAUGUUGAAUGGUUUUAUGAAAUAAUAUGUAAAAUUAUUUUAUCUAAAGAUCUUCUUCAAAAUAAUGGAGUAUGUGAUCGUAAUACUUUUUAUAAAAUAUCAUCAAACAUUUUUUCAACAAUGGGAUUUAAAAAAAAAAGUACAAAAAGUAGUGGAAAAAGUGGAAGUUUAUUACUUGAAAAUUUAUUUGAUAUUUUUCAUAAAUAUGAACUUGGUUUAUUAUAUCAAAAUAAAAAUAUUCUUAUACCAUCUUUGUUACCAGAAGAAUAUCAAUUAAGAGCAGGAUAUCCUGGUAGUAGUUUAAAAAUUAAAGUAAAAUUUAAUUUAUGGAAUAUAUGUAUGUCUAAAAAAUUAAUUGAAGAAAAAGAACUUUUAAGAGAAAAUUUAAUUAUGACAACAUCUAUAAUAUCACCAAAAAUUCAAUCUAUUGUAAAUAAAUUUUCAUUGGAUGAGGCUAAAGAUGUUAUAACAAGAUCUUUUAAAAAGAAAAAAAUAGAUACAUCAAUAAAAUUAAUGCCAUCAUUAAAUAUUAAAAAUGAUGGUUAUUCUUUAAAAUCUAUGGAAGAUAUUAUAUCAUUUAAAAUGUCAAUGAAAAAAAUUGAAAGUAAUUGUAUAACAAGAAUAUUUUUACUUCAAUAUAUUCCAUAUGGUUUUUGGUCAAGAUUAUUAACAAGAAUCUUAGAUGAUCAUCGUAUAACAAAUACAAUACCAAUAUUAUUUCAUACAAAUAAAACAUCAAUUUCAUGUAAAACAAUGAAUGAUUUUGUUAAUGAUAAAUUUAAUGGAGCUGAUUGGAAUUUAUGGCAAACGGGAAUUGAGUGUACAGCAUUUAGUGAGGUUGUCUUUUCUCUAAAACAAUAUUUACCAAUGGCUGAUUGUAAUGAUAUAUCAUAUGAUAAAAUUAAUAUUAUUUCUAAAGAUGAAACAGAUAAAUGGAGAAAUUUUUCACAUGAUGAUUUUACUAUUAUUGAAUUUAAAAUACCAUAUCUUAAUUUUAAUAUUGUUAUUAAUGAUAGAAUUGGUACAUUUGAGACAAAUCCUUUUACAGCAAGUCAAUUAUUAUCAAUAAUAUCAAAUAAUAUUGAUACAUUAUUAGAAGAUUGGUAUCCAUCAUUAGGUACAAGAUUUGUUCAUACAAGUAAGGGUAAAUUUCUUGUAAAUAGAUUAGUUCCAUGUAAUAAAUGUUUAAUGGAAAUAAAAAAUCCAGAAAAAAUUAAAAAAAUUAAAGAUGAUAUAGAAACUGGGGGAAAAGAGAUUAAUCCAUUUACUAAAUGUAGACCUACAAAAAGUACAACUAUGUAUAAUAUGUCAACAACAAAUUUUUCUAAAUUACCAUUUUCUACAUUACAUACAUUUUCAAUUGAAGAAUGUAUUUUAAAAGCUCAUGAUUGUGUCUCAUUAAAAUGUCCUAUUCAUAAUACAUUAUCAAUAGAUACAAUUGCUCCAGAUACAAAAUUUUUAGACAUACCAGAAGAUUUAAUAAUAGUAUCAGAAAAUUUACGAAAAUCUAAACUUAUUGGUAGAGGAGCUUUUGGUUUUGUUUAUAGAGGAUCAUUAAUAUUAAAAAAUGAUUUUCAUCCUGAUGCUGCUUUAAAAAUGCUAGAACCAGUUGAUCCUGGAAUAAAUGUUGAUGAUAAUACUUUAAAUACAUAUAAAAUAUCACAACAAAUGUGGAAUCGUGAUCCAUUACAACAUUGUUGUAAAGCUUACUGUAGUAUGAGACAAGAAUUAUCUGUUCUUGUUAAUUUAAAACAUAUACAUAUUACAUCACUUCUUGGUGUUUGUGUUAGACCAUUAACUUUAGCAUUUGAAUUGGCAUCUAUUGGUUCAUUGGAUGUUAUGUUAAGUAAUUACAGAAAAAGUGGUCUUCAUCUUAGGAUGUCUGUUAUUCAGGAGACAGUUGUUCAAAUUUCUAAAGCAUUAGAAUAUUUACAUUUAAAUCAUAUUAUUUAUAGAGAUUUAAAAAGUGAAAAUGUAUUAGUAUGGCAAUUUCCACCACCAUUUGCUACAUUAAAUGAUGUAUCUUUAAAAUUAGGUGAUUUUGGAAUAUCAAGAUAUUCUAAUGGUUCAGAGAAAUGUAAAGGUUUUGGUGGUACUGAAGGAUUUAUGGCACCUGAAAUAAUUCAAUGGAAUGGUGAACAAGAAUAUAGUGAAAAAGUAGAUUGUUAUUCAUUUGGAAUGUUUAUUUAUGAAUUAAUAUCAUUAAGAUUACCAUUUGAAGGACAAGAACAAUUUAGAGAAAGAAUUUUAGAAGGUGCUAGACCACAAUUAUUUGAAAGUGAUCUUUUAAAUCCAAAUAAUUUUCUUGAUCUUAUGAUAACAUGUUGGAGUACAAAUCCAAGUGAUCGACCAUCAUUAAGUGAAAUUGUUUCAAUAACAACAGCACCAGAAUUUAGAUUAUUACUUGAUGUUGUUAUGAUAUCUGAAACACAUCUUGAAAUGUAUUCUAAUGGUAUAUCAUUUCUUCAUACAGUAACAUCAUCUAACAACAUUGAUCAAUCUUUUGAAGAAUUAGUUGGAUCAUUUUGGAUGACUGUAGAUUUUAAAAAUAUCUUAUCUACAAAAUAUAAUGCUACAGGUUUCAUGGAAUGUAAAUCUCUUAUUAUAAAAGAAGAAAAAAUUAGAAUAACAGCAAUGUUACAUUUUGAGAAUUAUGUUUUGGUGGCUGAUUCUAAUGAAUAUAUUAAAAUAUAUAGUGAGGAAAAUUUCAUUGAACUAGCUUCAUGGCCAUUAGCAAUAAUAAAUGAAAAAAAUAUGAGAGAUAAAAAAAUUGAUAUUGUUACAAAAAUGAUAGAAAUGCCAAAUGAAAAAAAUAUUAUUGUUAUUGGAAUGCAAAAUUCUAUUUUAAUUGUUUCUCUUGAAAAUGGUUAUAUGAAUCCUAAACUAAUAUCAAAAUUAAAUGUUUCAAAUAUGAUAUUUACUUUAACAAUACCUAAAAAUAAACCUGGUAAUAGAGAAAUAUGGAGUGGACAUGAUUUAGGUUUAAUAUAUUGUCAUAUACUUAAUGAAUCUUAUCAGUUUACCUAUUCUUCAUCAAUGACACACUCACCAUCAAAUAUUGGUGCUAUUCAAAAGAUGUAUUCAUCAACAAUAUCAGAGUCAUCUGUUGUCUGGAGUGGUGGUGAAAUACAACCUAUUGUUUUUUUAUGGGAAGAUAGAAAAAUUAAAAAAUAUGUAGAUUGUAAAAAAAUUCUUCCCUCCUCUGAAUCAUUAUCUUCAAUGGAUUUAGAAUAUAGUAAAGAAGUCAAAAUAACAAGUAUGGCAUUAAUGGAACAAAAAUUUAAAAUAACCCAAUUAUUUGUUGGUACCAGUAAAGGUGUUCUUAUUAUUUUUGAUGGAUUUAAAUUAUCACCAUUGUAUGCUAUGAGACCAUAUAUUGAAGAGAUAAGUGUUAUACAAAUUUUAUCAAAUCCACAACUUUCUAAAAUUGUUGAUUCUCGUGGAAACUCUAUUGAAGGUCAAAAUUUUAAUACAAAUACUUCAACAAUGUCUAAAGAAAGUAAUAUUUUAAGACAUAGUACAACUAGCAUAGAAAGUGAUAAAAUGUCUAAGAUUAAUCCUCUUGAAUCUUUACCUGAAAGUUAUUGUGUUAUCACUGUAGGCAAAGGAUAUAGACCAUUAAUUGAAAGAUUUAUUGGUACUAAAAAUUUUAUCGCUACAAGUGAAGUUAAUACAAAUUUAAUCUUAUGGAGAACAGAUGAUUAUUCAGUAUAA